GAGAAGAAAGGAAGAGAAGAGGGAGCUUCCUCAGAAGAAGCCAAAGGAGAUGCAAUAGAUAUAAUAGUACAAGAAAACAAGAGAGAGAGACAAGAGACACAUAGAAUCAACAAAAAGAAAGAGAGAGAGAUGGGAAGGGCUCCUUGCUGUGAUAAGGCCAACGUGAAGAAGGGACCCUGGUCACCUGAAGAAGAUGCAAAGCUGAAGGAGUUUAUAGAGAAAUUUGGGACUGGUGGCAACUGGAUUGCUCUUCCUCAAAAAGCUGGUUUGAAGAGAUGUGGGAAGAGCUGCAGGUUGAGAUGGCUUAACUAUCUUAGGCCAAACAUCAAACAUGGGGAAUUUUCUGAUGAUGAAGACAGAAUAAUCUGCAGUUUGUAUGCAAGCAUUGGAAGCAGGUGGUCAAUUAUAGCUGCACAGUUGCCAGGAAGGACAGAUAAUGAUAUCAAGAACUACUGGAAUACCAAGCUGAAGAAGAAGCUCAUGGGGAUGAUUCCAUUAGACCCAAGAAAACUACCCCCAUUUUCAAAUUCUCUUCAUACAACUUCAUCACCACAAUCUCAAGCUUUUUCUAGCCUGUCUCAACUAUAUAAUGAUUGCAGCCCUUAUUAUUCGACCUCAGCAAAGUCAUGUCUCACAGGCUUUGAAUCCUUUCCCUCAGUCCAGCCAAAUCUGCUGUUCAACGGCAACAACAACAACGUUAAUCCUAUGGCUACUAUUACUGCUGCUAAUCAUCAUUCUUAUCUUCAAGGGCACAAUCAAGAGGGUUUGAUUAGUCCCAUGCAGUUUUACCCUGGAAAGGAUAAUAUGCUAAUCUUUGGAGGUACUGAUCAAGCAAGUUGUUCAUCAUCUGAUGGAAGUUGCAGCCAGAUCAGCUAUGGAAAGGAGAUCAAACAAGAGCAUAUGAACGGUGGUAGUCUUCAUCAGGGUUACAAUUUGUCUAACAGUACUAACGGUUAUGAUCAUCAUCAUCAUCAAGAAAACCAAAAAUUCAUGGUUGACUAUGGAAAUCAAAUCAGUUCAACUACAUGGGGUGAUGGAAGAGGUAAUGAUCAUGAUCAGAAGCCAAGUGUAGUGCUUUGUGGAAACAGUACUAGUACAACUCAACUCCAGUAUGAUCUUGAGGAAGUUAAGCAACUGAUUAGCUCUAGUAACAUGAGCUUGUUUUUCAAUGAUGAAAACAAGACACAUGAGAGUAGGGAGGCUAUGUACUACUACAACUACUGAUCACAACUAUUGAUAAAAAAGAAUCUGAACGGUGUAAGUAUUAGCAGUAGUACAAGUACCAUCAGUAAGAUUUGAAGGAAUGUGAUGGGAGGGUUGGGGUUUGUGGCGGGGUAUUGCGUGGUUGGAGGCAGAGCAGAGAUGAAUAUGAUUCAGAUGAGACUUGUUUGAGUUGAGUUUAU